AUGUUGCGCUCCGCAUUCACCAGUAUUUUACUUGCGACGUCUUCGGUCUUAGCAACAACUGCUACUGAUAUUCCCCCUCUUGAUGUCGUCCCCGAUACCUAUCUCAUUGAGCUCAAGAAGGGACAUCAGCUCCCGGAGCUGAUUGACUCUCUCAAGGGGCUAUGCGUUACAGUAAACAGCCUCGACCACAAGCUUUUCAAGGCCGUAUCAUGCAAGACAAACAGUACUACAGAAGGUCCGGUCAACAUCGAAAUGCUCAAAGGCAUUAGUGCUGCAGACAACGUGUCGCCCGUACAAACAGCGACGUUUCCGGUCAUGCCAAAGGGUGACUGGUCCGGUGCCAUCAUCGACAAGAACAUGCCAACACGGCGAGACCCUGCCACCUCUGAAAGCAAUGACGCGUAUGCGCCUCAUAUCAUGGCGCAAGUCGACCAGCUCCACGCUGAAGGAAUCAACGGGACUGGUAUCAAAGUCGCCAUCCUUGACUCGGGCAUUGACUACAACCAUUCAGAUCUUGGCGGCUGUUUCGGCCCUGGCUGCCUGGUAUCCUUCGGUGCGGACUUGAGCGGAGAUCCGCAUAGUGACAGCGACGCGCCAGAGAUUCCGAUGGAUUGCAUGGUACCCAAUGGACACGGAACUGGUGUUGCCGGCGUCUUGGCCGGCCGGACCAACGCCUUUGGGUUCGGUGGCGUUGCUCCAGGCGUCUCGGUCGGCUCAUAUAAAGUCAUCGACUGCCACGGUAAAGUUCGUACCGAUAGGGUGAUCGAGGCCAUCAACAAAGCCUUUGACGACGGCGCCGACAUUAUAUCCAUCACUUUCGAGCUCCCAAUCGCUUGGAGGUACUCACCCGUCGCCGUCGCCAUCUCCCGUGUCGUCCACUCCGGUACGAUGUGCAUCGUGACCGCCGGAAACUCGGGGGAGCUCGGUCCCUUCCACAGCCGCGCCCUUGCGAGCGCCAACGGGGCGAUAUCUGCUGCCUCCGUCAACAACGUUGUGACACCAGCGUUUGUACCGAGAUAUACAUUUUCAACAGAUAAUGGGCCGUCGUCUGUGUUUGAAUUUCAGUCCGGUCCCUACGGUGAAUGGACUGCCCAUCCGUCCUAUCAGCUCUGGUCGCCGAGUCUCGAGAAAGGGCACGACGCGUGUUCUGGGCUCCCGGAGGGAUCUGAUUUCAAGUUCAACAACAACACCGUGUUUCUUAUCACUGACAGCGGCAAAUGUUCCAUCGCAGACCAGGCUGCACAGAUUAAAAAAGCAAAAGGACGAUACGUUUUGGCUUAUAGCGAAGGCUCGAUCCUGGAGGAAAUGGAGUCACUGGCGUUUGGAACUGUGCCCAUCAGUGUAGGCAAAUCCUGGAUGAAAGCCCUCCUCCAAGGGAAGAGCCUCACGGUGACGCUAGAUCCCACACACGCCUUGAGGGUAGUGCCCAAUGAGGCGACUGGUGGUGCCAUUGAUAGCAAAAGCUCCUGGGGGCCCGACUGGGAGCUGAACAUCAAACCUCAAGUUGCCGCGCCUGGAAAAGACCUGCCGUUGGCUCGUGGCACCCGCGACCAUGCUCUCAUCGAGAGUCUACUGUCGUGUACCGCAAGACCCUUGAAAUACAAUGACGCCAGCCAGUUUUUCGACCAGCUAGCUCCUCCUGCGCAACAAGGGGCUGGACUGUUACAAGCUCACGCCGCAGUGCACACCCGUGCGAGGGUCAUGCCCCCUAGCAUUUCUUUCAAAGACCUCGACACGAACAGGCCGGCGCUACCGGUAGAAAUAACUAUCAUCAGCGAUGCCGAAGGCGAAGUCGAAUACACACUAGGUUAUACUCCCGCGAUUACAGUAUACACCAUGGAAAAGGAGUCGCUUCAGCCCGCGCAGUCCCCUACGCCCCUAGAGGUGGUGGAGGGCAGCCACAUGCAGAACACUGGGAGACUGGUCUUUAGUGAGGACACGGUCGAAAUACCCCCUGGUCAAUCCGCCACCAUCAAGGUUUGGGCCUCUCACCCGGAAGACCUUGAUGCAGAGCGCCUUCCGCUCUGGUCUGGUUAUAUCACCGUCAGCGGAUCCGACGGCUCAAGAAUGUCCAUCCCCUAUCAAGGCCUGGCGGGCUCCCUUCGCAAGCACCGUGUCCUGCAGGACGAGGAUGUCCUUGUCGGAACUGAAGUCAACUACACGUCCCCUAUAAGCAUCCGGCAAGCUACCCCCGAGCAUGUGUUUAGACUGCCAUUGGGACGUCCUGGCCGUGGAGAGGGGCCACUUAUUUACUUCUCGCCGAAAAUGGCGUUGAGACGUGUGACCAUUGACAUUGCGACACGCGAUGGUAAAGACGGUGUCCUGACAGUCUUUGGUCGACCUCGAGACUUUCAACUCAACUGGCUGGGGCCGGGGGCAGAUUAUGUAUGGAGAUGGAAUGGACGCCUUGAAGAUGGACGAAGGGCUCCCACGGGCACCUAUUAUAUCGUUGUCCGCGCGUUAAGGAUUUUCGUCGAUGCCAACGACGACGACGAUUAUGAUGUGGUAAAGAAGAGAGUGGCCAUUGCAUAUUAUUGA